AUGAAAUUGAUCUUAAGCUUUGUUAUAGGUUUUCUUGUUUAUGUGCCAAACUAUUCGAUAGCACAGUAUGAAUUCCUGAAGAAUGUGGAACAGUGGCCUCCAGCGACAUGUCUCCGAACCAAACCAAACACAAAGUGUAUCAGACAUCCAAAGAAUUUUACAUUGCACGGGCUUUGGCCCAGCAACAGCAGCAGCAGCAGUGAUCCUGAAACCUGCACUCGAACCCCAUUUAAAAGUACUUUGAUCCAUACUUUAUUUCCUAGAGUCAAUGUUUCAUGGCCGGAUAUCACCAAGGGAAAAGAAGAGAGUUUUUGGGCUCAUGAAUGGUCAAAGCAUGGGACUUGUUCAGAAGUCAAGUUUAAUAUGUUGGAGUAUUUUACUCGUGCCUUAGAUAUAAAAGAUAAGGUUUACAUUUUAAAAGCACUUAACGAUGCCAACAUUAAACCAGAUUCAAUAAAACAGCAUCCUAUAUUAGAGAUUAAGAAAGCCAUAGCCAAGGUUACUGGAAAAGAUCCUGAACUUCGCUGUUUUCAGUUAGACAAUAAACCAGAAGUGUAUCUCCAUGAAAUUGGGCUGUGUCUAGAUUUCGAUGGUAUUAACUUCAUCAAUUGUCCUCCAAGGCCCAAAGAUAAUGCUGUUUCCGUUUGUUCUAAUAACAACGCACAUGUAUUCUUACUACCACUGUAA